UGCUGCAUGUAAACAAAGCGUAUCAAGCGGCGGCUGGACUGAUGGAGUUAACCCGGGUUACGUCCGAGAUAAAGUGAACAAACUUGAGUCUGUUUGACCAGAUCAGGAGCUCAGAUUCUUUGUGAUGGAGCUGCGCUACAAAUAAACCGGAAACAUGUCGAUGGAAGAUCCGUUCUUCGUCGUUAAAGGUGAAGUCCUGAAGGCAGUGAACGCAGCACAGAGCCUCCAUCACAGAUGGAGCGAGCUGUUGCAGGAGGGGGGCGGGGCCUCCAAGGAGGAAAUGGACUGGACAACCAAUGAGCUGAGGAACAGCCUGCGGUCCAUCGAGUGGGACCUGGAGGACCUGGACGAGACGAUCAGCAUCGUCGAGUCCAACCCAAAGAAGUUUAACCUGGACGCACCUGAGCUGAUGAAGAGGAAAGCCUUCAUCACUAGUACCAGACAGACCGUCAAGGAAAUGAAGGAGCAGAUGUCGAGUCCAGCUGCUGCCCAAGACAGGAAGAACAAACAGGCUCUGCUGGGAGAACGCGGCGCUCAGGGUCCGAUCUGGCAGCCUGGUCCUGAUAAAUUCAGCCGGUUGGACCGACAACUGCAGACCGCCAACUCUCAGUUCAUCGAGGAGCAGCAGGGGCAGCAGCAGCUGAUCGCAGAGCAGCAGGAUGAACAGCUGGAGCUCGUGUCGGGAACAAUCGGAGUCCUGAAGAACAUGUCAGAGAGGAUCGGCAUGGAGUUAGAUGAACAAUCUGUGAUGUUGGACGACUUCACUCAUGAUGUGGACAACACUCACACCAAAUUGGACAACGUCAUGAAGAAGCUGGCCAAGGUGUCUCACAUGACCAGCGAUCGACGACAGUGGUGUGCUAUUGGCGUGUUGCUCGCCAUCCUCUUUGUUGUCCUCUUCCUCUUCUUCAUCCUCUGAUUGCCCCACGACCUCCUGCUCAGCACACAUCUCGUCUUAUUGCUGUGUCUACUGGAUUCUACUGGAUUCUACUGAACUCUACGAGAUGCUACUGGACUCUAAUCGACUCUCCUAGACUCAGAUGUACUCUACUGAACUCUACUCGACCUACUAGAAUCAACUGGACUCUUCUGAAUUCCACGGGAAUAUAAUGGUCCACAAUGUGUGUUCAUGACUGCUUGUUAGAAUAAUGGCAGAGGUCAAACAAAUGGAAAAUGUUGGAUUUUUUUUUUUUCAUUUUCAUUUAAAAAAAAAAAUUUUUUGUUUGUUUUAAAGGGCUGAAAUAACCACUAAAACUCCAGUAAAGAUAACCAUUAAAAAGUCCAGUCCAAAAUAUAACCAGUGACCUCUAGUUGAACUCCAGUUCAUAAAGUCCAUUAAAACUCCAGUUAGAGUCCGAUAAAAUUACCAGUUAAAGUCCAGUUAAAGCUCUGGUUUAACGCAAAUUAGAGUCCAAUAAAAUAACCACUAAAACUCCAUUCCAAAAUAAAACCAGUGACCUUUAGUUAAACUCCAGUUCAUAAAGUCAUAUAAAGUCACCAGUUACACUCCAGUUUGUCCAUUAAAUAACAAGUUACCAGUUGAACUCCAGUUUGUCUGAAAAAUAACCAUUAAAACUCCAGUUACAUGCAAAUUAUGAGUACAAUAAAACAACCAGUUACACUCCAGUUAUCUUAACUUUGAUUGUGAUUCAAUCAACACCAGUUUAACAUGAGUGCUACUUCCUGUUUACUUCUUGUUCAACCCUCACUAAAAUGACCUAAAACACUAUUUUGAUAUGAUGUAUGACACUAAAACUCAACAUGACCUACGAAACUACAACUCGACAUGACCUACCAAACUAAAACUCGACAUGACGUACGAAACUAAAACUCGACAUGACGUACGAAACUAAAACUCAACAUGACGUAUGACACUAAAACUCGACAUGACGUACGAAACUACAACUUCCGACAUGACGUACGAAACUACAACUUCCGACAUGACGUACGAAACUAAAACUCGACGUGACAUAUGAAACUACAUUUCCGACAUGACGUACAAAAUUAAAACUCGACAUGGUGUACGACACUAAAUCUCGUCAUGACGAAAGACACUAAAUCUCGACAUGUCGUACGAAACUUAAUUUCCGACAUGACGUAAGACACUAAAUCUCCUUGUUUACAGUUUAUUUGUUUUGUUGAUUUUAAACGACUGAAUUCUUCUGUGAUGUUUUUAUUUCUCAUGUUUCCUCUCAGUUUGUUUCACUGUUUGGAUCAUUAUAUUAUUGGUUGUUUCUUUUCUAUAUAUUGGAACUUUAAAUCACAGACUUCCUCUGGAAGGCUUCACAAUGAAAGCCUUCAUACACUAAACUCCUGGAAGGCUUUUAUUGUGAAGCCUAUACCAGAAGUGCAGUAUUGGAGGCAAGAAAUCUGCUUUAGAUUGACAAACAUUGAAUUCAGGCGAAGAGGUGUGCUGGAGCCGAAUAAGCCAAUCACGUCGUCCCACCAACAGCGGUACGCACGGCGGUUAUUUCCUGUUUGUGUUUAACAAAAUAAAGCCCCUGUGUUCAAAGCUACCCUACCCUAAAAAACUGAAUAAUGGGGAAAAGUGACACGUUAACCAUUUUAAAAAAUAAUUCAGCUCUGCAAAUAUUUUUUUCAGCAGGUUUCCGUAAAUUAAAUUUUAUGUUAGAAUUUAUCGUGUUUAAAUUAAUCCACAUUUUAAUAAAUAGGACAAUCAUGAAGCCCUAAAAUGAUAAUAAUAAUAAUAAUACUGUUGAUCGUCAUGAUAACCACAUUAAUAAUAAUAACCACUAAGUAUUUGUUGACUCGUCUUAAAUGAAACCAUCAGAACAGAUCCAUGACUGAAUCACGGCUGAAGGAAGGAUUUUAAACUUUGUUUCUCUGUCUUUAUCGUAUGUAUUUUUUUUUCUCUGAGUGAAGUCUGAACGUCUGCAGCUGAAAUUCAUUUCAACAAAGUGAUCAGAAAAUAAAGACUGACUGUUACCAUGGA